UGAUCCUUGAUUGGUCUGCCUGUGAUGACGCAGCCCUUGCGAAUCAUUGGCGAGUCAUCUUUCUUCUUCAGGUAAUCCUCGGCUAGGGAAGUGAUCGCUGGAAGAUUCAUUACGGUUGGACAACUUAAUCUCGACAGCGAUCGGACGGCUGUGUAACGCGAGGAGCCGAGUGUCGUUCAACGACGGUUGAGCAGCGCGAGGAGCAUUGUCGUCCUCUGAUAUAUGUUAGCUUGUUGACAGCUAGUCGACAAGCUAGCCUAUUUAGCUUAGCUAAAGACACCCCUAAUUUAUCGAAAGCAACAACAUGGCAUGAUAGUAUAAUAAUUAUUAGAUCGAUAUAUUCCCUUUAGGGGAUGUUUAGUUGCAAAUGGAUGCGUUGAGCAACAUUAUGUGUUUUGUGGACUCUCGAGUUAGCUUAGUACGAUUGCUGAAAUUAUUUUAGUAAAUUACGUUACCUAAGUUAAUUUGUCUGUACAUAUGUGACAGUAUCUUCAGUAAUAUGUGGCUGGGCUUUACACUCUAUGUCUAGCGUUGCUCAAGCUUCCUCUUUGUUAGGGCUUGGCUUGUAGCUAAAAGUGUUCCAGAGGUUAAAUAAAUACUCCCCUAACGUUGCCUCUGUACUAUUGGACACAUUCUUUGAAAAUGAAAAAUUGUGAGUAUCAACAAAUAGACCCAGGAGCGCUCGGAACAUCGAACACCCGGACCUCCACCACUUUACCCUGUGGAAGGAAAAACUCCCAGCGCCCACGGAGGAAAUGGGAAGUUUUCCCUGGAAAAAAUCGCUUCUUCUGUGAUGGGCGUAUUAUGAUGGGCAGGCAAUGCGGUGUGCUUCCGCUCACCAUCGGCCUAAUCUUAAUCACCAGUGGCUUAUUUUUCACUUUUGAUUGCCCCUUUCUGGUGCAUCACCUUACUGUCUUCAUUCCAGUAAUUGGUGGGGUGUUAUUUGUAUUUGUCAUCAUCACCCUCCUUCAAACCAGUUUUACAGACCCAGGGAUAUUACCCAGGGCUUUGCCGGACGAGGCUGUGGACAUUGAGAGACAGAUUGAUAAUUCUGGAUCUUCAACAUACCGUCCACCUCCCCGGACGAAAGAGAUCCUUAUAAAUGACCAGGUGGUCAAGCUUAAAUACUGUUUCACAUGCAAGAUGUUCCGUCCACCCCGGACAUCCCACUGCAGCCUGUGUGAUAACUGUGUCGAGCGUUUCGACCAUCAUUGUCCUUGGGUGGGAAACUGUGUUGGGAAGCGAAACUAUCGCUUUUUUUACGCAUUCAUAGUGUCUCUAUCCUUUUUGACCUCCUUUAUCUUUGGCUGUGUGAUCACUCACCUCACUUUAAGAUCACAAGGUGUGAAUGGUAUCAUCCAGGCAAUACAGGACAGCCCAGCCAGUAUUGCCGAGCUGGUCAUUUGCUUCUUUUCCAUCUGGUCCAUUCUUGGUCUGUCAGGUUUCCAUACGUAUCUUGUUGCCUCCAACCUCACAACCAACGAAGAUAUUAAAGGCUCUUGGUCCAGUAAAAGAGGAGAAGAAUCAGGGAAUCCUUACACCUAUAACAACAUCUUUACAAACUGCUGUGUGGUGCUUUGUGGGCCGAUGCCACCCAGCUUGAUUGACAGAAGAGGCUUUUUACCUCCAGAUGACGCACCUCAAACAGUGACCUCUGACACUGAGCUCCCUCCUUUCAUGUCUAAGAAUGACGCAAAUAUGUGCACACAAGGCACAAAAGAGCUUUUAGAAUCAAUGGCACACUCCUCAGUGAUCCAGAGCACCUGCGCUCCAGGCACACCCAAAACUGCCCCGGUCUCCCAAGAGAGUCUACUACACACCAUCUCUAUCACCGUCUCUCCCCCCAACAGGCCUCCUUCUACUGGCUGUUCAGGCCACCAGGCCCUGCGCCCCAUAGACGUUUCCUGCUCCCAGAAAGGGAACAAACGGGCCGCUCUUCACACCCAUAAACCCAUGUUGCGUGUACCCAGCCCUCCCUGCUCCCUCGGCCACAGUCCAAUCAUUCUAAGUGAUGCUCCUGACAUGGGCUUCAUCCCAUUGAACUGAGUGAAGUAUCUCUGCCACCAGCAGCCUUGUGCAAAUACUCUCCUCUCUGUUACCACUUUUCACACUUUUUAAGAAACUGUGACUUACUAUACUCAGGAUCCUCUCAGGAAACAUGCCAUCUUUCAACAAAUGGGAAUAAGCCUGCAUUGACUUUUUAAAUAACAGAGGGAUUUCAAGAUUCUUUUGUUCCGUUAACAUCAACACACACUUGGUGGAGAGAAACGCAAAACAUCUUCAGGAGAUGCUUUUGUUUUUCAGUCAUUUUGCACAAAAAUAUUGACAGAUGAUCAGUGUUUAACAUGCUCAAGACAUUUUUUUUCAGCCUUUUGUCAUCUGCUUGGACCUAAUGCAAUAAUUAUAUGCUAUGAAAGGUCAACUUGGUGUAAAAAAAAAACAAAAGCCUUACUUCAGAGUCACUUCUGUUAAUUUUGUGUGGUGUUAAAGACCUUCUACAAUAAAGUCAUUGGUUAAAAAGUAUUUGCAUCAACAGUCAAGUAUAAAAAAGCAGUUUUAUGAAUUGGUAUCAGAGAGCUCAGGAUUAUAGAGGGUUAAUGAUUUAUUUGUGUUUGUGAUAUAAUCCAGGGGUUUUUAUCUCCUGUAUAAUGUUGCAUCUUACCAAUGAGUGAAUUAACAGCUUUCAUAUUUAUGUUUGUUUUGUGUUCAUUUAAUACAGGGGUUUUCCUUCAUUGACAAAUUUUCGGUGGCAUCCUAAUGCAAAUGUAAUAGUAUUUGAUGCAAAAUUUUCCCCUUUAAGAUCGUUGUCUUCAUCUUGAUUUCUGCUUACGAUGCAAAGUGCUGAAGCACAGUGUGAACCACAGAAUACAAAACCUGCAACCCAUUUGUGAGUUUUCUACUUCAAAGUACUGUUGAGGAUGUCAAACAUCUUAAACUAAAUAGUUAGCCCUAAAUUCAUAAUCAUCAAUAAUCUUGGGAAUGCAAAUGUGGACUCACUUUGUGAUAGAAAGUUUGGCAACGCUAUUUCACCUUUCAAUUUUAACUACUGUAUUAAUUAAUGCAUUCGGUAUCAUGAACUAACAACGACGGAAUAAAAUGUUUUUUACAGACUUUAUUAAUGUAAUAAAUGUAAAAUGUUUUACAUAUCAUACUUUAUAACAUUUCAAGUCACAUCAACAAACGAUGUAUUAUGAACAAAAAUUACUCAACCACAAUUUAGAUUAAAAAAAUAUCUACAAAGCCGUUUUUCAAUUUUUCAUUUUAAGCUUACCAAAUGUAAAGUGUUAAUUCUGUCACUGACAUGUAAUUGUAUAAUUGUGAAAAUUAAUUGCAUUUUGAGUAUUCAGUCAAAAUUGCAUGUGUAUACUAGCUACCACAGAAAAUCAUUUUUAAUCUAGGAAAAACCCUGUAGUGUUUCUGACUUUAUAUUGGUGGGUCAAAGAUUGUUUUCUGGUUGUUAUUAAAGUGUUUUUACUAAGCUUGAGAGAAGAACUCUUGUAACUGAAACCUUUUGCCUUGAGAUUGAUGGAUUACUGAUGAAUUGAGGCAUCCUCAUUAAGAUGAUCAAGUUUUUAUUUUUGAAUAAUAAAUAGGAGUCUGGCAAAGUUGAUUGUAAAUGUUUUUAACAUAUUUUGCUUCUCUAAAAACAUAGAUUAACAGAAGUUGAUCACUGCCAGCAGUGUUAGAGGAAAAGUAAAAGAAUGUAUGACUUGUUGUGAUUUGUGUUUUUAUCCUUUUUCACCUUUAGACUUAAUGACAAAAAUGAAUAAACAAAUGUUCUUUCCA